AUGCAUACCUCCCGUCUGCUCCAGGGUCUAGUUCUAACGCCGUCCCUAGUUACAGCCAACAUCCUCACCUACUCCCCUCCCAGUGAGCCAGCCCUCACCUACAGCGUCACCAUCCCCGACACCACCACUGCUGCCAACUCCGGUCCCAUAUACCUGCAAAUUUCCGCUCCCACCACCCUGCAAUGGGCCUCCCUUGGCCAAGGCACGCAGAUGGACUCGGCCAACAUCUUCAUCCUCUACGCCGCCUCUCCGACUAACAUCACUCUGUCGCCGCGAUCCAGCAUGGACGGUGGCCAGAGCGAGCCCCAAUACAACCCCCUUGCAAGCUUGACCCUCCUGCCAGGAUCCGGCAUCAACAACGGCAAGAUGACCGCCAACAUCCGCUGCAUGAAUUGUCUGUCCGCCUGGCCCACACUCUCCUCCAGCAACUCCAGCUCCGUUUAUACCUUGGAUCCCAAUGGCACUUCAACAGCUUGGUUCUGGGCCUCGAAAUCAGGCCCGCCAGUCAACAACUCCGACCCUUCCGCCGAUCUGGCGAUGCAUGAUGACAAGGGUACUAUGCAGCUUGAUUUGAGUCUGGCACAGUUCCCGGUCUCGAAGAAUGUGUCGCUGGAUUUGUCAUAUAAUCCGUUUUAG